CACACCACACCACACGAGCGCAGUGACGCGAGCUAUCGAGUUGCAGAGAGGUCCGACGGGCAAAAAUGGCAGCCUCUUCCUCGCUCCCCGUGGUCAUCUGGGCGCUGCUCCUCCUCCUCCUCGUCGAGGCGUUCGCGCCAGCAACAGCAGCAGCAGCAGCGAGCCCCUCCAAGCGCCCCGCCCAUCAGCCUCCUCUUUUCCCCGUGGGACUCGCUCCCCUGCAUCCGAAGCAGUCGAGCGGCAGGUACGCCGCCGCCGCCGUCACGGCCUCAGCCUCCGCGGCGACGGACAACGGCACGGUGAAACCGUUCACGGCGCACUACUUCCUGCAGGAGCUGGACCACUUCACCUUCACGCCCAACUCCUCCCACCUCUUCUCCCAGAAGUACCUCCUCAACGACACCUUCUGGCGGCGGAAGCCCAACGCCGGGCCGCUGUUCGUGUACACCGGCAACGAGGGCGAAAUCGAGUGGUUCACCACCAACACCGGCUUCAUGUUCGACAUCGCGCCCGACUUCGGUGCCCUCCUCGUCUUCAUUGAGCAUCGGUUCUACGGGGAGUCGAUGCCGUUCGGGAACGACUCCGACUCGUACAGGUCGGCAGAGACGCUGGGCUACCUCACGUCCAUGCAGGCGCUCGCCGACUUCGCCAUCCUCAUCACCAGCCUCAAGCAGAACCUCUCCGUCAUCGACGCACCCGUGAUCGUCUUCGGCGGCUCCUACGGCGGCAUGCUGGCAUCAUGGUUCAGGCUCAAGUAUCCCCAUGUCGCCAUGGGAGCAGUGGCAUCCUCUGCACCGAUCCUGCAGUUCGACGACAUCACCCCGUGGUCUAGCUUCUAUGACGCCAUCUCGCAGGACUUCAAGUCUGAGAGCCUGAAUUGCUUCAGUGUCAUCAAGGCAGUCUGGGAUGUGCUGGAUGAUCGGGGAUCCAACCACACAGGCCUCUUGGAGCUCAGCAAAACCUUCAGGGCUUGCAAGACCGUGCAGUCCGCUGAUUCGCUGAGUAACUGGCUAUGGAAUGCAUUCACCUACACCGCCAUGGUGGACUAUCCAACCCCAGCCAAUUUCAUGAUGAAUCUGCCUGCUUACCCUGUGAAGGAGAUGUGUAAGAUCAUUGAUUCUUUUCCUGCGGGAGCAGACAUCAUCGACAAAGCUUUCGCCGCGGCGAGCCUGUACUACAAUUACUCAGGGGACCAGAAAUGCUUUGAGAUGGAGGGUGGCGAUGACCCUCAUGGCCUCGAUGGCUGGGGUUGGCAGGCCUGCACGGAGAUGGUCAUGCCGAUGAUUGUGUCCAAUAUGAGCAUGUUCCCACCGUUCAGCUUCAGUUACGAGAACAAUUCCGAGGGCUGCCUCACGUACUACGGAGUUCGUCCGAGGAUGCACUGGAUCACUACUGAAUAUGGUGGCCAUAAAAUUGACAAGGUUCUCAAGAGGUUUGGGAGCAACAUCAUCUUCUCCAACGGAAUGCGAGACCCGUGGAGUCGAGGCGGGGUACUCAAGAACAUAUCAUCCAGCAUCAUUGCUCUUGUGACGGAGAAAGGGGCCCAUCAUUUGGACUUCAGAUCUGCAACCAAGGAUGAUCCAGAAUGGGUUGUAGAACAAAGGAGACAGGAAGUUGAGAUCAUACAUGGAUGGAUAGAUCAGUAUAACAAGGACAUUGCACAGAUGUAGCAUUAAGAAGGCGCCAUUGAGUUUCACGGUCAAGGAAAAUAAAUGUGGCUAAAUGCAAAAUAUAAGGAUUUUCCUUUCUUCUAUUAGGCGAUAAGAACCAAUAUCGGUGGUGAAUUUACUAAAGGAUAAUGACCAUGAUAGGUUGGUGUUUGCUUCGUUAGUGGCAGAGAUUAAAUAUUUGCUUUCUCUUCGUAAAACUUGUAUUAAGCGGAAAGUUUUAAAUAGCUGGCCCAGCUAUAGCCCCGCUAUAGCAGUUUGUGCAGGUUGCCGCUAAAUGAUAGGCUAUAGGUUUCAUGUAAAAUUCUCUGAAAAUGUUCUGAAAUAGCUGGUAUGGCCUCGCUAUAGCUUAUUUGGAGGACCGCAGUGUUUGGCAUAGCCUCGCUAUAGCCAAAAUAUUGUAGCAAACUAUUUGGCAAACUUUGCUAGAACUGAAAAGAGAACUGUACUGUGGCUCUGUGGUCCACGAUUACAAUGAACUUAGCAAAGUUGAUUGGAGAAA